UUUCAUUCUUCCAUUUUCUCAUCUCACUGGCUUUACCAGUUCACUUCUUGCCAGCAAACCGGGGUGGUGGCGUUACAUUUUAUCUAGCACCAUCAGCCGGUUGCACUUGUCACCACAUAGCUGGCACAUCGUGGGUACCACAAUAUGUGCCAACUACAGUCAGGGACAGCAGUUCUAUUCCUGGUAUCGGUCGCGCCCCAUGGCCAGGUUUUUCGCGGCUACUGUGAAUGCUUUCACGGGUAUUUAAGAGUAACUCCAGGUUAACAUGUUGUUGUCUGUUCCUUCUUCCUCCGCUAUGGUAUCUCGCACACUUUUAUUUCUACUGGCAUCUUCACUCUACCUUGGGGUAUUGGGUCAAGAGCCUGAUACUAAGGGAGCGGAUGGGAGUGCUUGCUGCAAUGCUCUCCGCGCUGAGCUGCCACCCUCAGUGGGAGUCUUCGCACGCGGUACUCCCGAAUAUGACUCUCGUCACCAGACGUAUUACUCCCUCCAGCAACAGGAACUGUUUCCGAAUUGCACAGUCAAGCCGAACUCUGCCCAGGACGUUUCCCUUGUGCUAAAGAUUGCGAAAGCCCAUCAAUGUGUAUUUGCGGUCGCGUCUGGUGGACAUAUGUCGUGGAAAGGAUCCUCCAACAUCGACGGUGGAUUUGUUAUUGAUAUGAGGGCUUUGAACCAGAUUGACAUCUCUGUCAAGGACCAGACGGUCAAGUUGGGACCCGGAUCACAGUGGACAACUGUCUACGCUGCCAUGGCCCCAUUCAAUGUGACUACCACUGGUGCCCGAAUCAAUUCCGUUGGUGUCGGUGGCUUCCUUUUGGGAGGUGGUAUAGCAUUCGCAUCUGUUACCAAAGGUUUUGCCGCAGACAACGUCUUCAACUACGAAAUCGUCCUCGCGGACGGAUCCAUAACCACCGCGAGCAAGACCAAGAAUGCGGAUCUAUUCUGGGCACUGAAACUCGGCAGCACGAACUAUGGUAUCGUCACGCGGUACGACAUGACCACUUCCCCAUCGGCUGUGAUAUGGGGAGCUGUUAGUGCAUAUCCCAUCACCAACCAAAGCGUAUCGGAACUUCUUUCGGAUUUCCAGACAUACGGACACGAUACCAAGAAUACUAAAAACUUCAAAUCAGUCGCUUUUGCUCAAAGCGGCGGUGUAGGGUCUCUUUCGACGGUUCAGGCCAAUCUCGAUGGGAUACCUCAGCCUCCUGGCACGUCUGUCGCACCCUCUGUUCAUGCGGAGCUCGUGGGCACUACUCAUGACGUCAUAGACCAAGUUAUCGCAGGUGCACUCGCAGCUACAGCCCGGGCACAUUGGUUUACUUUCACGACCAAGAUCGAUCAACAGUUCUUCAAAGAUCUGUAUGCACAAGCGAACCAAAUCUUCACGCCACUGAACAACCGGGCUGGACUUAGUUGGUUUAUUAGCUUCCAAGCCCUCCAGAAGAGUUACAUCGCAAAAACAGCUGGCACCCCGAUCUUCAACACAUUGAAUCAGUCGAACGAUGAUCUUGUCAUUAAUCUUAUCCUUGUCACUUGGACGGAUCCUGCUGAUGAACUUGUCAUGAGGAAAGCCACCGACUCCCUUGGCACUUGGAGUGAAACCGAAGCUCGAAAACGUGGCCUAUUGAACGACUUCGUAUAUUUGAACUACGCCAAUGAGGAGCAGCAUAUAUAUGAUCGUUCAGUCACACCGGAUGAUUUGGAUAAGAUGCGCGCGGUGCAAAAGAAGUACGAUCCGUCGGGGACGUUUGUCAAUUUGUGGAGGGGUGGCUACAAGGUACCGAAGGCUGGUUAUCACGGCGCUGAAACCACCACUGGAGUCGAGGAAGAAAACCAACGCUUGGCCACCCGGCACGGGAAGAGCGACGAGUUAUAGAUGCCACAUUAAAGUCUUGACUUUUUGGAUUUCUCACCUCUCACCUUCCGUUGUCCCCUCUUCGCUUUUGUCGGCAUCCGCUUUCCGCCAUCCAUUUUACUAUGUACUAUCUCAAAAUAUAAUGAAGCAUCCGGACAAUUUGACAUCCAAUAUAUAAACUUCUUACCUUAUUAACCU